CUCCCUCUCGACUCGCCUGUUUCACGUCGCUCGAACGGUCAAACCUGAGAAGCGCAAACGGGUCGCAAUCGCAUUCGGCGGCUCCAGGCGAGUGCGGAACGCUGCAGGAACAACUGUCGACCAAAUGUCACGGCUUCAAUUAACUUACUACUAGCCAAUCAACGUGUCGGCGCUUGAGCAGUUGCGCGAGGUCAUGUCCGCACCACAUGACCUCGUCGAAGACUACGACAUGGAUACAGUAUCAUUGAUGUCUGCUGUGGAAGACGAGCAGGAGGGCCUGUACUUCAACGCUGAGUGUAUUAUUGCUGAGAACCUUGACGACGAAGAAGAGUACCUCGUCAAAUGGGAAGACUAUCCGUUACACCGGUGCACCUGGGAGCCGCCAGAGCAUUUGGACGGUACCAAUCUGCUCUCCGAAUGGAAACGGCUCAAGGAAGAGCUCGGUGAAGCUGCCCUCCAACGUGAGAACGAGAGGAACUGCAAGGCCUAUGCAGAGGCGAUAAAGAGAGUAGAAGCUGUCAAGAAGCGCAAGGAUGCAAAGUGCGCGAAGAAGCGCAAGAAGCUGCAACGGCGGGAUCGCAGAGUUAUUUUUGACGAUGACAGCAGCGAAGAAGAGCCUUUGGCUACAUCACGGAGAGGUCGCAGCCUGUUUGUGGACGAGGGACAGCCAGUCUCAGGCUCACCGGACAAAAGCCCUACCGACGCACGCCUCUCUCCUGUUCCUCGCAAAGCGCCUUUGCAGCAGUCUUCUUCUCAAGAAGAAUCGAGCUCAGAGGUACAUGACUCAGGCGACUUUCUAAUGGGCGAACUGCAAAGAGAGAAUAGAAUGACACGCAAAGCGGACCGACGUGCGGCGCGCAGCCCACUGCGCACCUCGUUGUUACAUAACAAGAAGGCAGAGUCUACUACUUCGGUAAGAACAUCAAAGACAGCAGCGGCAGCUGAGAGAGGUCCGCAGCGACUCAAGGUAUCUGCCGUUACCACAAAGUCUGCUUUCCCGACUGUGUCAGAAAAAGACAAAACUGUCGUCACGACCGCAACCAUAUCAAACCCCACAGAAAGCACAGUCUCCAAAGGGGGUGGGAAAGCUAUCCAUACAGCCCCAUCAAAGCAGACGAAUCGAGCGAUCAACUUUUCCGAUCAGCCAAAAGAGCAACAAAGAACGGGCUGGUUGACUGACAACCAUUAUAACAAGCUGAAGUAUAGAGGCCUUGCAGAAAAGCGAUCUCGUACGGAAGGUACACCAGACUUCAAUGCACUCACCUUUGUCAACGGCCCGCCACCCACGUUGUCCAAAGCAGCAACAAAAUCAGGCGGCGAUCCCUAUAGUCGUCGCGAUAUUGCGAAUCGUCGUAUACAAGAAGAGGAGAAUCCCGAUGACCGAUCCCAACUUGGACAGGACGCGGGGCCUCUUGCCGACUGGGAAAAGGAUAAGUUACCGUUGAUUUGCAGCGCCUGUAAACUCAGUUCGAAUUGUGCAUUCGGUGCACAGAAGUGCAGAUUCAUGCAUCGAACUUAUGAUCCACAAGGUCAACCGUACCAGCUGGGCGACAUCAACAAUUGGAUUCCCCCAAAGUAUCGCAAGUCACCAAUUACUUGUAAGUUCUGGUGCAAUGGAAAUAGGUGCAAGAAAACUCCGGAGGAGUGCACAUAUGCACACGAAGAUACAGGCUGGACGGAGAUCAACGGCAAGCCAAUCGAGAGGGAGCAUUUGCCUCCUACUAUAGCAGAAGCUACAAUUCGGGAUGCACCGCCGCACUUCAUUCCAUUCAAGCUCCGGAAUCCACCCAUCACAUGCAGCUUCUGGCUGCAGGCUCCACAAGGUUGCUCCAAGACUGAAGCCGCUUGCAAGUGCGCUCAUUGGAACACGGGCUGGGCGCAUCCCGAACACGACAUCAAAGCACCUGCCGUUCCAAUAGAUCCAAAUCUACGGCCUCGACGUGUGCCGUCCAAGUAUGCCGAUCCUCCCGUGACAUGUCCAUUUUGGCUGAGAUCAGAGUCUGGCUGCACAAGAACAGACGAAGAGUGUGAGUACGCUCAUUGGAAUACCGGCUGGGCUCCAUCGGGCUUAGAAAAUGGACAGCCGUUGCCCAUUGACUCGAGCAUGCAGUCACGCAGUCAGUCUUACUUGAGUACUGGACAAGAUCAAUCCACAGAUAGCGGAAUGAUUCUGCCCAGUUCACAGGGUCAAGCUAACAAAGAUCUCACCUGUUCUGCCUGGUUGAGAGAGCUUCAGGGCUGUCCAAAGUCUGAAGACGCAUGCGACUAUCUCCACAGAAACACGGGACGGGCCAUUUCCAAAAACAGACCAUUCGAUCGUACUAUACCACUAGACCCUAAUCAGAUACCUCGCUUCCAGCGCAACCAUAACGGAUCAGUUCGCUCAAAUGUCUUCGAUGUUCCGGCACCAAAAAAUGCAGACCCCUCAAUAACAUGCUUCUUUUGGUUGAACCAUCCAGAGGGUUGCAGUUACAGUGCUGCCGACUGCAGCUUCGCACACAGAAAUACAGGAUGGACGCGGCCCCGGGGGUCGGGACAGAAUCCAAAGCCUAAGCAGAUCAACCCCAGAGAAAUGCCUCGGUUCCGGAAAUACGAUCCGACCGACGACAGUAGCAUGCAAAAUGGUCACACCGGGCCAUCUUCACGAAUAGGGUCGCUCAACUUUGCAAGCGAGCCUGGUUUCGACAUCGCUGAUCACAUGCUUCCCACCUUUUCUCGAGAAGUUGUGCAAAGCCCUGUCGCUAUUGAUGAUUUUUCCAGGAGCCAAUUGCCAGCUACCAUAACCUCUGUCCAGCUCAAUGCAAAGAUUGAGCAGCUCUACAAUAUGAACAUUAUGGACAUGUUCAACUCGGGUGUUCCGGACGAUGACACGAUGCUCGAGCAUCGAGCUAUGCUACUGUAUCAUCCUCAAGAACACACAGAGGAUAUCGAGCUUGUUACACGAUGGCUGUUGAUGCACGAUGUGCAAGUGUCGAACCUGUGGUAUGACGGCGCUUGGACGCAGUUCCAUCAGGACAUGUCUGAGGGCAAAUCUGGCAUUAUAAUCGCGCAUCCGGAUUUUGAGCGAUUCGUGGAGCUUCCCGGCUUUGGUGAGGUCCUCAAGCAGCGGACACGCGUGUGGUCUGUUGGUCUGCAACCACCCGCAGAAUAUGAGUUUGGCGUUAGUCCGGAUCCGCCAGAGCUACAGCAUGCUUGCAUCGGCAUCUUUCCACAUGGCGGCUUUGUCUACAUCACCGACGAUGUUUUCGAGCAGAAGCCGCAGCUCGCGCUGAGUAUCGUGAAGCUGUUUUUUGCCAAGAUCGAGCAGCUGCGCAGCCUAGGUGGACCUGUCUCGCCGUGGUUGGAGAUAUCUGACGCAUGUCUGCUCUGGCGACUCUGUGUUCGUCCCGAACUGACGGAGGCCCUGUACCGAAAGUGUGAGGAUAAUUCGGUGAAGCUUGCAGCGCAGAACUCUGAUUAUAUGAGCCGUGCCGAACUCUACCAGCUCCUGACAUUAACAAAUUACAUCGAACAAGAUCACCCGAUCGAACCACGCAGCCUUGUUGAAGACAAGUACCCCAUCAUUUCCGAGCGCCGUGUCGUCGCUGAGCACCCGCCUCUUGACUACUUCAAUCGCCUUGCCAAUAGUCAGGAAGACGCCAAUACUCACAUGAUUGGCUACUAUGCAGCCAUGCAAUCAGCUGAUAUGCGACGCGCGUAUCGUUACUUCUACGUUGUACAUACAGAUUCCGAAGCAGCUUGUGCGAAAGAGUGGAAGGCAAGCAUUCACAACAUUGCUGAGAUUAUCACGCCAGAGCAAUGCAUCGAAGAGCUCAGUAAACCAAGCAAAGAAAGUUUGUUCGACUUCCUCGACUGGGCCAUGGGGCCGAAGGAGGGGGAAGCAGAACUCGAGUCUGAGGGAGAAGAAGAACUGAGGGACGCUGCUAUGGAGAUGUCUUCGCCUCGGGCAAAGAUCUCCACCGUCCCUGCGGCAUAGUAAGAUGUGAACAGGACUCUCGGGGUCUCUCUCAAGCAUUUUGUCGAGUUUACCGACAGGAAAAGGAGUAAGGCGCAUAAAUACCCAAUCGUUCUGGCAAAGUCAACGGCGUUGAUGUUGCUCAGUGCUCGCUCAGCAAUUGCUCAGCACGAAGGAGCAACAGCAGCAUAAUUGCUACAGUCACAAUCGAUCAAAGAUUUCACCCC